AUGAUGAAGGGCGGUGGCUUCGUUUCUUCAACGGUCGGGGCUCCUCCCCAGUUCGUUUCUCCAGUGAUAUUCCGUUCAUUAGCAGCCUACACUUCGCCAUGUACGGCUCGAAGUCCAGUCUCGCUUGGUCCUUGUCGCUCACAGUGUCGCCGGCAGUGGAUAGUCACUUGGUCGGAUCGGAAAAGAACGAGGAGAGGGAGAUGGCGGCUAGGGAGUCACAAGGUGGUGGCGGCUACUUCACUCGUGGCAGCUGGAACCUUUAGGGCGGUGGCUUCGUUCUCCAACGGUCGGGGCUCCUCCCCAGUUCGUUUCACCGGCGAUAUUCCGUUCAUUAGCAACCUACACAUCGCCAUGUACGACUCGAAGUCCGGUCUCGCUUGGUCCUUGUCGCUCACGGUGUCGCCGACAAUAGAUAGUGACCUGGUCGGAUCGGAAAAGAACGAGGAGAGGGAGAUGGCGGCUAGGGAGUCACAAGGUGGUGGCGGCUACUUCACUCAUGGCGGCUGGGACCUUUAG